GACGACAAGAACCAGCAGCAAAAGCAGCACCAAAAGCAGACCCAAAAGCAGCACCGAAAGCAGACCCAAAGGAAGCACCGAAAGCAGACCCAAAGGAAGCACCGAAAGCGGACCCAAAGGCUCCAGCACCAAAAGCAGAUCCAAAGGCUGCUGCACCAAAAGCAGACCCAAAGGCCGCGGCACCACCAGCACCAGCACCAGCUGAAUUACCACCUGCUGCACCAACAGGCAAAGAAAUUGGUGAUGCAAAAGGAGGAACAUGGACAAUCCUUCCAACCUCGUCCUGGCCAAUACGUUUUCGUUGAUAGACCUGAAACAAAUCCAUUGCUUCGAACAAAUGGUCAACCAGCAGAAUCUUCACUACUCGACCUUGACAAAGACACACUUACAGCUCUUGAUAUUACAUCAGAUACUUUUUGUUCGGCAGGAUCUUGGUUAGGAAAUGGAACUUUGGUUGGUACCGGUGGUGAUACUGGUGAUCCUCCAUUUGUACCAGGUCAACAAACUUUACGAUUUUAUGAUCCAAUGACCGCUACAUGGGAAGAAAAGCUUAUGGUGAUGCCAUCGAAAAGAUGGUAUCCCACAAUGUUACCUUUAGUCGAUGGAAAAGUUCUUAUAUUAGGAGGUUCUAUUGGUGGUACAGGUCUCAAUAAAGUCGAACUUAAUAAUCCAACUUAUAAUAUUUGGCCACCAUCAACUGCUGAUGGAACACCGGACCCAGAUAGACCCAUACAAUUCCUUGUAGAUACUCUCCCUUACAACCUCUAUGUAUUCUUGCACAUUGUACCAAAUGCAGAGAAUAAAAAUAUGUUAUUCAUUCUUUCCAAUCAACAACCUGUAUUAUUUGAUUUAGAAGCUAAUAAUGUGGUUUAUAGCUAUCCAAAAAUAGCAGUUCAACGUACAUACCCACAAACCGGAACUUCUGUAAUGUUACCCUUAUACUCUAAUAAUAAUUAUAAACCCGAAGUUAUGGUUUGUGGAGGUCAAGCAACAUAUGAAAUUACUGCAACAGCUGAUUCUUCUUGCGGUAGAUUGGAUUUAAGCGCUAAAUCACCUGCUUGGGAGAUGGACGAUUUUGGUGGAAUUCCUCGUGUUAUGCCUGACAGCGUGAUAUUACCAAAUGGUCAAAUUGUAUUUUUAAAUGGAGCACAAAUUGGUUAUGCUGGUUUUCGUAAGGGCAAAAAAAACAAUCCUUUAUGGUUAAGUGAUAAUCCCUCGUUCAACCCAGUUCUUUACGACCCAGUUGGAAAAGUAUACACGAAAAUGAAUCCGUCAACAGUAGCAAGAAUGUAUCAUUCAGUUGCAACCUUAUCUCCUGAUGGUUACGUUUUUGUUGCCGGUAGUAAUCCACAAGCAUCUGUUGCGAAGGGUAUAAAAUACUCAACAGAAUAUCGAGCCGAAAUUUUCAAACCUCCUUAUCUCUUAACAGAUGUACCACGUCCAACGAUACUUAGUCUCAAUGGAACCAAUAUUGCUGGAAAUAGAAUAACAAUAGGAUACAAUCAACCAAUAGUUUUUGUUGUCUCACUUACAGACCCUAAUCCAUCAUUCACAGCUGCAAUUAUGCAUCUUGGUUUCGUAACACAUUCACAAAGUAUGGGACAUAGAUUUGUUGGGUUAGACAUUAGUCAAGCAAAUUUUGAUGCAGGUGCAACCAAUCAAUAUAUUGUAACUUUAACUACACCACCAAAUCCUACAAUAAUUGCACCUGGACCACAUUAUAUAUAUAUAUUAAAUAACGGAGCUCCUUGUGUAAGAGCAGCAGAAGUUUUAUUAAAUUAAUAGAUCAUAUAUUAAAAAAAAAUGUAUAUAUGUAUAUAUAUACGUAUUAAUUAAAAAUGACAAUUUUUUUUUUAUUUUAGAUAGAUAAUUUUUUACAUUAAUAAUUACUUCUCUUAUUUGUAUAUAUUAUGUAUAAUUAUUUUGAAUAAAUUUUAUAUGAUGUCAAAUUGCGAAAAUAUAAACAUAAAUAAAAUUCCGUUUGUGGGAUGACCAAAUGUAGAAUAUUAUGGAAAUUUCCGAAACGG